AUGACAGGCGGAAAGAAGACCGAUACCCCUCCACCCUUCGCUUUUCCCCGCUCCACCCUUUUGACCACUUGUUUCAAUUUGGAAACGGUUCCGAUCGGAGACGAUGCACCGGACCUUUCGCAAGAGCUCGCGGCCACACAGGUAACUGGCACUCAGCCAGACGAGGCAGUGGCGGCGGCGUCUGCAUCUCCGCAGGCCGUGGUCGAGACGGCGACGCCAGGACAAGACACGGAGCAUGAGCAACCUCUUCCGGCGAGUGAGGCCUUGGUGGCAGGUGAUGUGGGGGUGCAGGCAGCGGGAGAGGCCGGCGCCGCCGACGUGAUGCUGACGUCUAGCGGGUCGGUUGGUGUGGCACAACAGACGGGUGAAGCCCCGCGCGUGCAGGAGAGCCGGGGUUCGCACGACUUGCUCGACCAAAUUCGGGUGUACGGUGGCGAAGUGGAGCAGGGGGAAGCUGUAAGCGAUGCACUAGCAGUGGCGCCAGGCAGUAGCAGCGGCGGCGGCGGCGGCGGCGGCGGCGGCGGCGGGAGCGGGAGCGCGAACGGGAGCGAGAACGGAGGUGGUGACGAACACGAGGAGGACGCCAUCCCCGUGCCCAGGCGGUCGAGCAGGGUGGUGGGGUCUUCUGCGCUGGAACCGCCCAGCGUGGUUCGCCUGCUCGCGCAAAUUCGGACGGACGACCCAGAGGUAGAGGUUCUGAAGCUUCACAACUACAUCCCAGCGGACGUAAGCACGCCUGUCAUAGAUGCCGUGCUGGAGGCGUUGAUGCUCAACAACAACUGUCAAGCUCUCUACAUUCAGAACGUUAGCAAUGGUUUGCGAGACGAACAGAUUAUGAUGCUGGCCAAGGUGCUGCGAAGGGGCAACAUAUGGUGUCUGAAUGCGGGGGAGAACUCCAAGAUCAAGCCGUCCACUUGGCGCGACUUCGUCAAGGAGAUAGAUAAAACAGGCGUCACGCACGCUUAUCUCAGCGAGGAAUGCAUCCCUAUCGGCCUCAAGAAGGCCAUGCGGACGGCCAUCCGUGCCAACAGGGUCAAGCACACCCGCCACAAGUCGGCUUCAAAUGUCAAAGUAAUACGGC